AUGCGCGGGCCGCUCGCCUGGCCGCUGCGCCUGCUCGUGAGGCGGGGCCCGCUCACCUUCGCGUGGACCCCGGCCGCCCGCGCCCCCGUGUCCCGGCCGCUGCCCACCGGCCUGGGGCCCCCGCGGCUCUGGUGCGCCGGGCCCGGCCCCCUUGGGGGUGCGGGAGCCGCGCGCAGCCUGCGCUGCUGGGCGAGCAGCUGCCCGGCCGGGGGUCCCGGCGGGGGUCCCGGCGGCGGAGCGGGUCUGGCGCGGCUCCUGCUGCUGCGGGCGCGGCCCCCUGGACCCCCCGGGCCCCCCCGCCUCCCGCGCGCCCUGCUCUCCGGCGGCCCAGCCGGCGGCGCCCGCGCGGGGGGCGAGGCCUGGCGGCGCGGACCGACGGUGCCCGAGGCCGCGGCGGCUCCGAGGGACGACUCGCGGCUGCGCCCCGCGGCGGCCGGGCGCUCGGAGGCCCAGAAGCUGCUGGGGCUGGCGUACCCCGAGCGCCGGAGACUGGCAGCCGCGGUCGGCUUCCUGGCCGUGUCCAGCGUCAUCACUAUGUCGGCGCCCUUCUUCCUGGGGAAGAUCAUCGACGUCAUUUACACCAACCCCACCGGGGACUACACCAGCAGCCUCACCCGCCUCUGCCUGACCCUCAGCGGCGUGUUCCUGUGCGGAGCGGCGGCCAACGCUGUCCGUGUCUACCUCAUGCAAACCUCAGGGCAGCGCAUCGUGAACCGGCUGCGAGCCUCCUUGUUCUCCUCCGUCCUGAGGCAGGAGGUGGCUUUCUUCGACAAGACACGCACGGGCGAGCUCAUCAACCGCCUGUCCUCCGACACCGCGCUCCUGGGCCGCUCGGUGACGGAGAACCUCUCGGACGGGCUCCGGGCCGGGGCCCAGGCCUCCGUCGGGAUCGGCAUGAUGUUUUUUGUCUCGCCUCAUCUGGCCACCUUUGUUCUGAGUGUGGUGCCUCCAAUAUCCAUCCUCGCCGUGGUGUAUGGACGCUAUCUGCGGAAACUGACCAAACUCACUCAGGACUCGCUGGCACAAGCCACUCAGCUAGCCGAGGAACGCAUCGGAAACAUCCGAACUGUCCGCGCUUUCGGGAAAGAAAUGACUGAAAUCGAGAAGUACAGCAGCAAAGUGGACUUCGUGAUGCAGCUGGCCAGGAAGGAGGCCAUUGCUCGGGCCGGCUUCUUCGGAGCAACCGGGCUCUCGGGGAACCUGAUCGUGCUCUCCGUGCUGUACAAAGGCGGGCUGCUGAUGGGCGGCGCCCACAUGACCGUGGGGGAGCUCUCCUCCUUCCUCAUGUAUGCUUUCUGGGUUGGACUGAGCAUCGGAGGUCUGAGCUCGUUCUACUCGGAGCUGAUGAAAGGCCUGGGCGCCGGGGGCCGCCUCUGGGAGCUGCUGGAGAGGAAGCCGGAGCUGCCUUUCAAUGAGGGGCUGACCUUGAACGGGAAGAGCUUCCAGGGUGCUCUGGAGUUCAGGAACGUGCACUUCUCCUACCCGGCCCGCCCGGAGGUGCCCAUCUUCCAGGACUUCAGCCUCUCCAUCCCCGCGGGGUCCGUCACGGCGCUGGUUGGCCCCAGUGGUUCUGGCAAGUCCACGGUGGUCUCCCUGCUGCUGCGGCUGUACGACCCCCUGUCAGGGACCAUCAGUCUGGACGGUCGUGACAUCCGCCAGCUGAACCCAGUCUGGCUGAGAUCCAAGAUCGGGACCGUCAGUCAGGAACCAAUUUUGUUUUCUUGCUCCAUCGCUGAGAACAUUGCGUACGGGGCAGAGGACCCCUCUGCGGUGACUGCCGAGCAGGUGGAGAAGGUGGCAGAGGUUGCCAACGCCACCUCGUUCAUCCACAGCUUCCCGCAGGGGUUCAGCACGGUGGUCGGCGAGAAGGGCGUCCUCCUCUCAGGUGGGCAGAAGCAGCGGAUCGCCAUCGCCCGGGCGCUGCUGAAGAAUCCUAGAAUCCUCCUCCUGGAUGAAGCAACCAGCGCAUUGGAUGCUGAGAACGAGUACCUGGUGCAGGAAGCUCUAGACCGGCUCAUGGAAGGAAGAACCGUGCUGAUCAUUGCCCAUCGUCUGUCCACCAUCAAGAACGCUAACAUGGUGGCUGUUCUGGACGGAGGGAAAAUCAUCGAAUGUGGGAAACAUGAAGAGCUGCUUGCCAAACCCGACGGGAUAUACCGAAAAUUAAUGAACAAACAAAGCUUCGUUUCCACGUAA